GCCGUUUGGGCCGAGGAAUCACACACAGGCUCAAAUCAUACGUUCUAUGGAGCUGGCCGGUUCUGAUACCAGGUCGCAGGAAUGCGCUUCUCCACUUCGUGCCCUUCUCCCGUGCUCUGCCGCGCGAGGCAGAUAAUAGGCGCGGCCGUUCUGUGGCCCAUGCAGCCGAGAAGGCUGUUGCCGGUGCACUGGUGGUCGAUGGCACGCGCGAAUCGCAGGCGCCAGAAGGCGUCGGAGGCGUAGACGUUUUCAUGCUUCAGGCCUUUUUCGGCGUGUCGCACGAUCAGGUGCAGGAAGUCACCAAACCUCCACAGGAGGAGCAUCGGGCAUCAACGCGGGCGCCUGAGCGAAAGCAAGCAUUUGCAACGCUAGCGCCAGAAGCGUGUGUAGAUACUGCAAACGGAGCUACCAACAGAUUUGGCCACUCUUGCGAAGUCUACACUCACGACGUCGAAGAACCAUUUUCAGGUAUUUGCUUCGAUCCUUAUUAUGACGAUGACGAUUUUUCAUCAAGUACAAUGUGUUGCGCGUGUCCAGAGGAGUGCCCCGAGACUGCACCGCUACCAAUUCAAGGACACUGUGAGGACUGGAUCCAGUUUGGCACGAACACCGAUGGUCAAGGGAGGUCAUCCCAUUCUAAUCUUGGCGGAUUGGGACCGCAGUUCGACAGGCCCAAGGAGCUCAGAUACUAUGGAGUCGGACAGCUUUCAAAUGGGAUCCUGAUCGACGUGGUCUUCGUAAAUACGAGUAAGUAUGUUCCCAGAAACACGAAUUGGAACAUCAUUGUCGGGGCGCAGGCGACAGUGAAUCUCCUCAUCGGAGAGUUUGUCUCGCUGAGGGGGGGGUUCGUGAGAAACCACACCUGGUGCCCUAUCACGCCAGUUCUGCCAAAGCUGACGUUCUGUGACAUUGACCACUACAAGGACGGGGAAAACGAGGUCUUGCUUCUCGACGGCGUCAGCGCUGUCUACACGGUCGACGGCGACAUCGAUUUCGAUUUGGAGUUGUAUGAGUACGACACCAUGUCGAGCAGCAGCCCGACCCCAUUGAAUUACGUGACGGCGUCGAUCAAAACGGCGAUCCCCGGCAGGACUUCCAAGAAGUACGUCUCCAGUUCCGGCGGGAAGUUCGGAGUCAAGACGGUGUCGCGGAUGUUCGGCCACGGUUGCGACAACCCUUCUGACCCAAAUUUGCUGACCAACGUCACUUGUCCAGAUGAAUCAGCCGUCACCGUGGACCAGGCGAAGCGUUGCUUCAUGGUCGAGUUCUCCAAUACGAGCGAGUUUUCGAUCGGGUUCAACAUCCUGACGGACAUGCCCCCACAGUACGUCCAGGUGUGGGGGCGCAAUUUCAUCAUGUCUGGGACCUCCGCAUUCUUCGCCGACGAGGCCAGCGUCACCUGCACGCAGGCACCGACCCUUGCUCCGACCGCUGCGCCGACAGCAGCACCGACAGCUCGUCCAACCGUCGCCGACUUGCCACCGCCGGCCUUCACCAUCGCCCCAACAGCGUCCCCGACCUUCGCCGAUUUGCUCCCGCCAACCCUCUCUCUCUCCCCGACGAGUGCGCCGACGUCGGCACCUACCGCUGCCCCGACAGCUGCCCCAACUGUCGCACCAACAGCCGCCCCAACGGCUACGCCGACGAGUGCACCGACAUACGCGCCGACUGCGGCACCAACGAUGGCACCGACCGCCUCUCCAACAGUUGCGCCGACCGCGGCACCGACAGCUCUGCCGACGACGGCCCCUACUGGUGCUCCGACAGCGGCUCCGACUGUGGCGCAAACGAUGGCGCCAACCCAUUCCCCAACAGUUGCGCCCAGUGCGGUUCCGACAGCCGCGCCGACUACUGCACCGACAGCCGCGCCGGCUGCGUUACCCACAGGUGCGCCGACUGCGGCACCAACGAAGGCACCGACAGGAGCACCGACAAGUUCACCGACUGCGGCACCGACAGCCGAACCGACGGAAGCUCCGAGUGCUGCGCCGACAGCUGCGCCGACCGCGGCACCAACGGUGGCGCCGACCGCUUUCCCCACAGGUGCGCCGACUGCGGCACCGACAGCCGAACCGACUGGUGCGCCGACUGCGGCACCGACGGCGGUACCCACAGUUGGGCCAACUGCUGCGCCGACAGUUGCGCCAACUGAGGCACCAACAACGAAUCCGACCAGUUCCCCAACAGCUUCGCCGACUCCGUUACCGACAGCCACGCCGACACUUGCGCCGACAGUCGCGCCGUCUGUGGCACCGACUGCGGCACCGACGGCGGCGCCGACAGAUGUGCCAACUGCACCUCCGACAGCCACGCCGACCGCGGCACCAACGGUGGCACCGACCGCUCUCCCCACAGGUGCGCCGACUGCGGCACCAACGAAGGCACCGACAGGAGCACCGACAAGUUCACCGACUGCGGCACCGACAGCCGAACCGACAGGAGCUCCGAGUGCUGCGCCGACAGCUGCGCCGACCGCGGCACCAACGGUGGCGCCGACUGCUUUCCCCACAGGUGCGCCGACUGCGGCACCGGCAGCCGAACCGACUGGUGCGCCGACUGCGGCACCGACGGCGGUACCCACACUUGCGCCAACUGCUGCGCCGACAGCUGCGCCGACUGAGGCACCAACUACGAAUCCGGCCAGUUCCCCAACAGCUUCGCCGACUCCGGUACCGACAGCCACGCUGACAGUCGAACCGACGGGGUCGCCAAGUGCGGCACCAACGAUGGCACCGACCGCUUCCCCGACUGGAUCCCCGACUGCGGCACCGACAGCCACGCCGACUGCGGUACCGACAGGUGCGCCGAUUGCAGCGCCAACGAAAGCACUCACCGCUUCCCCGACGGGUGCGCCGACUGGUGCACCGACAGCCUCGCCGACAGCGUCGCCGACAGGUGCGCCGACAGCUGCGCCAACUGCGGGAUCGACGAUGGCACCGACCGAAUCCCCGACAGUUGCGCCGACGGGUCUCCCGACAGCCUCGCCUUCUUCGGCUCCGACAGCCGUGCCGACAGCCUCGCCGAUUGUUGCGCCGACAGCCGCGCCGACUGCGGCACCAACAGGUGUGCCGAUUUUGGCACCAACGAAGGCGCCGACCACUUCACCGACAGGUGCACCGACUGCGGCUCCGACAGUCGCGCCGUCCGUGGCACCGACUGCGGCACCGACGGCGGCGCCGACAGAUUUGCCAACUGCACCUCCGACAGCAGCGCCGACCGCGGCACCAACGGUGGCACCGACCGCUUUCCCCACAGGUGCGCCGACUGCGGCACCAACGGAGGCACCGACGGCGGUACCGACAGUUGCACCGACUGCGGCACCGACGGGGUCGCCGACAUUUUCGCCGACAGCCGCGCCGACCGUGGCACCAACAAAAUCCUCGACAGUGUUGCCGACAGUUGCGCCGACUGCGGCACCGACGAAGGCACCGACCAGUUUCCCGACGGCUGCUCCGACUGCGGCGCCGACAGAGCCGCCCACGGCGACGCCGACACUGUCACCAACCACCCGGGUGAGUGCAUCUGGUGACCCGCACCUGGUCAACAUUCAAGUUGGCAGCGCUUCGAUGUCAUGAAGCCUGGCGCUCACGUCCUGCUCCACGUGCCCUUCGGGGCGCGCCAGUCGCAGGUGCUCCUCCACGUGGAAGCUGACGCCCAGCAGGUGGGGGGCGCCUGCGCGGAGACGUACUUCAUGCACAUCAACAUCACGGGGAAGUGGGCCGAGUCCCUGGUCCACGAGCACCGCCUGGGCAGGGGCCCCGGUGUCACGUUCAGCGCGGGCACCGCGAAGCCCCACACGGGCACGGCGUGGAUGUCCUUCGGGCGAGUGUCCCUGAAGGUGGUCCAUGGCCGCACCAGCGACGGCACCGCGUACCUGAACUUCUUCGCCCGCAACCUGCGGCAGGCUGGCUGCCUCAUCGGGGGGCUCCUCGGCGAGGACGACCACGGCGAGGCGGCGACCCCCAGCAGCGCCUGCCGGCAGACGUUCGACGUCUGAGCUGAUGUUCUGCAUGCCUGCUGCACGUGGUGUUUGACCGCUGCAGCGCGCGAUUUCUAGUUGCGGUACUUUGGCGUCGCUUCUUGUCCCUCGUCAUGUAGUAUAUGUAAUGCCAGCCUGUGAUUAACAAAAGGCCCCCCGCCCGGGGCUGACGAAUAGACCCCGCAAGGCGCGAUACUUGUUUAAAUCACGCGCGCCAGGGGGAAGGAGGAGAGAGUGGGUCCCCCCCGACUCAUCGCCCGACAUGUUUGUAGGGCGGUCCAGGCGGUCCGCUUGAGGCUUCUUCCAUCGCCGUGGGCCUAACGCUUGAGCUCCCGAACACAACUGCAGGAACGGAGGGCGGUCGUGAGUGCA